AUGGUUGCUUUGAAGACCAAAUUGGCGAAAAAUUCUCCAUUUAACAUCAAUCGACAAUCUACAACAAAAUGUUAUGGAAAUUGUAAUGUGAAUUUAGAAUAUUCCAAAUUACAUCGAAAGCACUAUGUGAAAAAACGCACUCUUCAAGAAGAACAUGAGGAUUCUUUAUUAGAGAACGACAAAACUAUUUUCGAAGAGAUGUAUGAAUAUAUUCUCGAUACAACUCAAGAUUUCCUUCCACAGAAAAAUGUGAUGCUGAUACGAGAAUAUUUAUGUAAACAAGCACCAGUCGCGGAUGAUGGAACUAUUAUGAAUAAUAUUCUUUUGACCUGUCCUGCAUAUGCGCUCUACAAUACAAUUAUUGAUUCACUUAAAUCUCGCCAAUUUGGCCAACAAGUGGAGGGCAUUAUUGAAGAAGUAGCAACCAAAUUGGUAACCAAUACUUUUAAGCAACCUGAAUUACCAAAAGAAUCAUUUAUUACAUUUAAUGCAGAAAAAGGAUUGUUUGUUCCAUCUAAUGAGAAACAAUCACAACCAGAAAAUAUUUUAACAACAAAUAUCACCUCCAUAGGCUCCAUUUCAGAAAAUUCAACUCAAAUGUCACAACCUUUACUUCAAAGCAAAUAUAUAUUUUUUGAUUUUGAAACGACUGGAUUUUGGAAGAAUGAUGAUCCACCAAAAAUUACAGAAUAUUGUUUUGUGGAUGUUUUGGCUGGAGUUGUUUUGUAUGGCUUAGUUAAUCCUGGUAAAGCCAUUUCUAGCCAAGCACAAGGAAUAUAUGGAUUGAAUUUGAACAAUUUGAGAUCAAAACUACCUAUUGAAAGUCAUGUGAACGAUAUUAUUCAAUUUUUAAGUAAUAACUCUCAAGGGAAAACUUAUUUAAUAGCUCACAAUGGCGACUGUUUGGACUUCAAAGUUUUUGCAAAAGAAUUUUUCGGAAAGUUUCCUGAAGUCGACUUUACAUAA